AUGUCCUCCCAAUAUGCAAAGUUACUUCCACCACACUAUAAGGAAGACAUUAAAAACUGGUUAGCUCAAGACGCUCCUUCCUUUGAUUAUGGUGGAUACGUUGUUGGGGAUACACCGGAAGUUGCUGUGUUAUAUGGAAAGUCUCCAGGUGUUUUAGCGGGAGUUCCUUUCUUUGACGAAGUAUUCAACCAAUUGGGCUGUCGCGUUGAAUGGCUUAUAUCCGAAGGAGAAUCUUUUGAACCUGUAAAACCGUGUGCUAGAGUGACUGGGAAAGCUUGCGAUAUAUUAUUGGGAGAGCGGACCGCAUUAAAUAUUCUAGCGAGGUGUAGUGGGAUUGCUACUAGGGCAAACAAAUGUGUAGCGUUGAAGAAACAGCACGGAUAUAAUGGAAUCAUUGCAGGAACGAGAAAGAUUACUCCUGGCUUCCGUUUAGUUGAAAAGUAUGGCAUGUUAGUUGGAGGAGUAGACACGCACCGUAUGGACUUGUCAUCAAUGAUAAUGUUAAAAGACAACCACAUCUGGAGUCAAGGCUCGAUAACCAAGGCAGUCCAACGAGCACGCGCUGUUGGUGGCUUCUCAUUAAAAAUAGAAGUAGAAUGCCAGUCAAAACUCGACGCCACUGAAGCAAUUGAGGCGGGAGCUGAUAUAGUAAUGUUGGACAAUAUGAAAGGAGACGUGUUAUCGGAGGCAGCAACAAAUUUGAAAAAGAAUUGGAGCAGUACCAGAAAAUUUCUGAUCGAGGCCAGUGGGGGAAUCACCGAAGACAAUAUUACGGAAUAUUUUUCUCCGGGUUUGUAA